UGUUGGGAUUGUAAGACUACAACUCCCAAUAACCCAAAGUGACGUUUACCCAACAUGCAUCUCAGCUUUGAGAAGAUGAGGCAAGAUGGCGACUAAAAUAAGCAAAGAGAGUCCCCCUCCUUUUGAUUGUCCAACAUGGGCAGGCAAGCCGCCCCCGGGGCUCCAUCUAGACGUGAUGAAGGGAGACAAACUGAUGGAGAAACUGAUCAUUGAUGAAAAGAAGUACUACCUGUUUGGGAGGAACCCUGACUGGUGUGACUUCACCAUCGACCAUCAGUCAUGCUCACGUGUCCACGCUGCCCUGGUCUACCACAAACACCUAAAAAGGGUCUUUCUCAUAGACCUUAACAGCACACAUGGUACUUUCCUCGGACACAUCCGUCUGGAGGCACACAAGCCACAGCAGGUUCCAAUAGACUCUACCAUAUCUUUUGGGGCCUCAACGCGGACCUACACCAUAAGAGAGAAACCCCAAACCCAAGGCACCGCUGGCACAGGAGACAGUAAGACAGGAGAGGAUGAGGAGCUGAAAGGACUGCUUGGGCUUCCAGAGGAAGAGACAGAGCUGGAGAACCUGACAGAGUUCAACACAGCUCACAACAAGCGCAUCUCCCUACUGACCAUUGAGGAGGGCAACCUGGAAAUCCAGAGGCCUAAGCGGAAACGAAGAAACUCCAGGGUUACCUUCAAUGAGGAGGACUCCAUUAUUAACCCAGAGGAUAUAGACCCCUCGGUUGGACGCUUUAGAAAUAUGGUGCAGACUGCUGUCAUCCCCAUCAAGAAACGCAGAUCAGAGGGCCAAAACACUCUGGGUCUUGAUGACCUGACUUCAAAACGCAUCCAUGGCUACAGUUUGGGCGGUGGUCUCUAUGGGGACUUGCCUCCCACCAGUCAUGAGAACCAGCCAACAGGAGCACCAGGAGGUGCUGCUAUGCAGGGAGGGCUCCCUCUGCCCUUCCCCAAUCCAGCACCAGAGGUGGACCUGGCCCCAGAGGCUCCUCAGCCCCCUGUCACCCUCAACCCCACCCCUGUCACAGCUCCCUACCUACCAGAGACCCACAACGAGCCACGCAAAAAGAAGUAUGCUAAAGAAGCUUGGCCGGGCAAGAAACCCACCCCUUCACUACUCAUCUAACCAGUUACUUAAAGCUGCUGACUCUCAGGUUACCAGCAGAUACAUCAGGGACUGUGACCUGGCAGAGGUGAAGUCAUUCACUUCUCAAUUUUCUUUUUUUAUUUGUUCAUCUUCAUCACUCGUCAUCAUCAUUACAAAAAAGCAUCACACAAUUUCCCUGUGGUCUGUCACAAGAUAUCAUCUACAUUACUAAGUCAGCAGUUGAUAAGUUGGCCAGGAAAUGGCAGAAUCUUGUCGAUUGCCAACAAAAGUAACGUAAAUUUACAAGACCUGGCAGUGAGCAUUUGAGCCUCAGAAUGGCAGUUCUAUAUGUUUGUCUGUGAGUGACAGGCUACAUGGAUAUGAUGGGUCAUUGAGUUGUUUUUGAUGUGUUGGAUGUAGAGUUGGAUUUUUUUUCUACUAAACAUGUUUCAACAUUUUUUUUCACUCCUUGGGUAUUUUGAUAAUGCUAAAUAGCAAACGCAUUUUUCAUAUUAGAUAUUUUACUGUGAGAAGUUAGGAAAGCCAGAGAAUCCAGACAUGAAGUCAAUUUCUAUCAAAACACAGGGCUGCUUUUUAUUUUGAAAACCUAUUGAUAUGUGAUUAAACAUUUUACUCACUGAAACAUUUCCGUUACAUGUGUUAGACUGAUAUGACAUCUUGUCUUGUACUUGUCCUACAAGCCACUAGAUGGUGACUUGUGCACAAAGGUCAGAGUUUUUAGGGAGAUUUGGCUGCAGACUUGCAGGUACUAUUGUGUAUGGCCUGUUGCACUAACCAUGGCAUCCCAUGAAAGUGGUGGUGCAAGCUUCUGGUUAUUCAUUUGGAUUUCCCUGCAGAUUAAAGCCAUUUGCCCUGUCCAAACAGUAUGUUGAUCAUAUGUGUCCUUUGGCUUUUUCCAGUAUAUUGAGUUUUAAAUGGUUUGUUGGCCAUUUUUCCCAGCUCCAGUAUACAGUAAAUACAAGGAUUUGUAUGUUGGCAAUAAAUUGCACUGUUAACUAGUGACAGAAUAUAGCAGUAACAAAUACCAACUUUGCUGCAAGAUAAAAAGUUAGUAAAAACAGAAAGGUUUGGAUUCAGUAAGUUUUAAUGGUCAAGUAGCGUGUUAACAUCUUUCACAUGCAAUAGAGUACAAUGACAUUUAUACAGUAUACUGUUCAUAUUUUGUUUGCCCUGAACUGGAUUGAGACAUAGGAACAGUGUCUUUGCACAGCAGCAGAAAAACAUAGCUGUGUCAAACAUGUAAUGAACCAGUGGAACACAGUGUAAUUGGUUUAUACAGUGUAGUCCAAAUGUAAAGGUCCCAUGAAAUGCUUUUAUUACUUUUUUUUAGGGCAGUUUUGCUUUCAUUCAAAGGCAGAUAGUAGAAAGGUGACAGGAAAUGAAGGAAGAUAGAGGGGAAGUGACCUGCAACAGAGGCAGUCAUCUGGAAUCACAACCAGAAUAUUAUGGUCAUAGUAUAUGGUAUGCAUCUUAACCACAAGGCCGCCCCAACAGCUUUUUAUUUCCUUUUUGAAAGAAGUUGUUGUGGGGACAUUAGCUUGAAAGGUGUCAAUUUUACUGUAAACAAAGGGGCUAGCAGUUAUGGUAAGAAAGGUGGGUUAAGUUGAUAUAACAUGCAGAAAGAUCAGAUGACCUUAACGGUUGGACUUGAAGCCCUUGUUGGCAUGAGGUCACCACUAAAAAUGCACUGCUGUCCAGGAAGUUGUUUUCUAGAAGUUCAUUAGCCACUUCAUGGGAUCUUUAAAUAAGUAAAAGGUUGGAGAUCAAAGACAGACGUUUACAAACUGCUGGUGACUUUUUGUCCUUGUGGGCGUGUGGAUUUUGUAAUCAUAUGACUGUAAAUAAAAAAUGAAUUACUUUUGACUCAA